AUGUUCUUACAUGUAUUUGACCAAUACAUCUCAGACACCCUCAGCUACAUCCACACAGUAGAGGGAUUCUGUGAMAGGCAUCCAAGGUGGAUCCUGCAGAGAAAGGAGGAACAAUCCAAGAUGAAGAACAUCAAGGACAUGGCAGAAGGAAUCGACCCCAACUUUGAUAAAGUCAUUAACUCUAAGGAUAAGGCAAAGGCAUUUCAAGAGUUCACAAACAAGUGUCUGACCCAGGUAACUGCAGACAAUAGGCAUAAGGAGCUGGAGAAGGAGCUGGAAGCUGUACUGAAGGACACUCUCAAGGGGCUGGAGAGGCUGGACUGCUUCAUGGAUGCUGUGGAGAGGCUGGUGGUCACCUCUCUGUUUGUAUUUGCUGAUGAAAACCGGUUGUGUCCUCUGCCUCAGGGGAGGGAACCAGCAAGUGUCCGAGCUGUCAUCACCUCCGCUAGAAUGGCCUGUCCUCUCCUCAUCCACUUUAAGAGGGACGCGCCUUCUUUUCCCCAUGCCUCCUCAAUGUGGAAGGUGCUGCACGUAUACUUGGAAAAUUACAUGAACAUCUCUGAGCAGCUUUGUGAGAGAAUGGGAUUGGGAAACGAGAGGCGGCCAAAGGAGGAAUUGAAGUCUGACAAAAUCAUCAUUAGAAAACAAUUUUGCAGAGAGAAGAAUGACAACUUGAUGAUUGACACUGACGUGAAUGAAAGGUCCAUGCAGAACAUGUUUAACCAUUUGUGCCAUUUGAGUGAUAUCAGGAUGAACCAGCACCUCAGACUGACGUUCCUGUUCCAGGACUCUGCCCUGGGCUUCAUUGGUCUGUUCAGUCAGCGCCACUCCAGAAUGCUGGACUUUCUAAUAGAGUUGGAAAAGAGAGCUGUCAAACUAGAAGAGAUGAAGUUUGGGUCUGAUAUCUCCAGUGUGGCAGGCAGUGCAGUGGGGGCAACAGGAGGGACUCUGACCAUAGCAGGCCUUUGUCUUGCCCCUGUGACUGCUGGGCUGUCACUGGGACUCACCAUCGCAGGGCUURGAAUAGGUGUGACCAGUGGUGUCAACAGUCUAACCACCGGUGUCACAGAGAUCAUGUUUAACAGAUACCACAGUAAGAAAGCCAAUACAGUCUUUCAAMAUUUCAUAGAGGACAUGCAAAUACUCUGGGGGAGUAURGAGAAGGUGGCCAGCAGAAUUCUUCCUGUUGUGCGGCAUAACAGGCAGGCAUUAAUGGUUGCGGUGAUUAUGGGAAAAGGUGGUGCGAGUUUAGGAAAGAAGAUUAAUGCCAUAGUGAAAAAUACCUCUGCAAUAGAGACCUUAAAGGGAAAAGGUGUGGUCAUGGGUGCAGGCAAGGUGGGACUCCAAGAGGGCAAAAAACUUGCUGCAGAUUUACCUGACAUUGGGAUGUUGGCACAAGGCACUCCACUCRCCCUAUYUAAGACAUUAAGGCGAUGUAACGUGGCCUCAAAUGCCCUAUUCAUUGGCCUGGACAUCAUCAAUAUCUGUAAAGACAGUGUCAGCCUCGCCAAAGUCAGCAAGAGAUCCCAGCUCAUCCGAGCCAGAGCAGCAUUGUGGCGCACUGGCGUGACACGCACAGAGAUCAACUCAUGUCAGAGGAUCCAUGACUCACUGUGCCGAGGCAUCUGGAGGUUCAGAAAGAGUCAGAGAAUCCUGGAGAAASCCUUUUACCUCGUGGGGGAGAUAGAGACUCUGGAGYCACCUUUGGAGAAGAUGGGACUCCUGGAGCCACCUGAUGCCCUUCAGUCACCUACAAUCAUCCAGCUGAUGCCCCAGCAUGAGGAUGGUGAUGAAGAGGAGAGGAAUGACAUCAUCAUGUGA